CACAUAGUGAUUACUUCAUUAAUUGUCCCGCCUUUAUCUCCUCCCUUCCCAUCCCCCUAAUAAUCAGUUCUUUUAUCCAGACCAACAAACACACCAUAGGAGCUUUGUGGAUUCAAAGGAUUUGCUUUCGCUUCUGAAAGAGCCGCUAUUCUUUGAUGAUUGGGUAGCGGCAAACUUCAAAGCCAUAAAUCUUCCCUCUGACUGGCUGGCGGCCCAGCAAAGUCCUUAUCAAAUUCUUGGAGGUGAUCCUGAAGCGCUCAGACCGCGCGCGGGGCGAGCGAGCGGGGCGCGGCGAGGGGCGCGGGGCGCGGGGCGCAGGGCGGGGAGGGCCCCGGCGCGCGGAGCGGGCGCCGGGGAGGCACGCUGGGCGGCCGCUCGUCCUCGCCUUCGGGCGUCCAUGCCUCGGCGGCGGCGCCCCGCUCGGCAGCCCGCGGCCUGCAAGCUGUAGCCAUGGCCGCCGUGGCCGUCCUCCGGAACGACUCGCUGCAGGCCUUCCUCCAGGACCGCACCCCCAGCGCCUCCCCGGACCUGGGCAAGCACUCGCCCCUGGCGCUGCUGGCCGCCACCUGUAGCCGGAUCGGCCAGCCGGGCGCGGCGGCGCCCGCGGACUUCCUGCAGGUGCCCUACGACCCGGCGCUGGGCUCGCCCUCCAGGCUCUUCCACCCGUGGACCGCUGACAUGCCGGCGCACUCUCCCGGCGCGCUGCCGCCCCCACACCCCAGCCUGGGGCUUACGCCGCAGAAAACGCACCUGCAGCCGUCUUUCGGGGCUGCGCACGAGCUGCCGCUCACACCCCCUGCCGACCCCUCGUACCCCUACGAGUUCUCGCCAGUCAAGAUGCUGCCUUCGAGCAUGGCGGCCCUGCCCGCCAGCUGCGCGCCCGCCUACGUGCCGUACGCGGCUCAAGCCGCGCUGCCCCCGGGCUACUCCAACCUGCUGCCCCCGCCGCCUCCACCGCCGCCGCCCCCGCCGCCCCCGCCGCCACCGCCCACCUGCCGCCAACUGUCCCCCAAUCCGGCCCCCGACGACCUACCGUGGUGGAGCAUCCCGCAGACGGGCGCCGGGGCCUCCGGAGUUCCAGGGGGCGGCCUCCCCGGUGCUUGUUCCGGGGGCCCCCACGCGCCGCGCUUCCCCGCCUCGGCAGCCGCUGCGGCCGCGGCCGCCGCCGCCGCCGCCCUGCAACGCGGCCUGGUGUUGGGCCCGUCGGACUUCGCGCAGUACCAGAGCCAGAUCGCAGCGCUGCUGCAGACCAAGGCUCCCCUGGCGGCCACGGCCAGGAGGUGCCGCCGCUGCCGCUGCCCCAACUGCCAGGCGGCGGGCGGCGCCCCCGAGGCGGAGCCGGGCAAGAAGAAGCAGCACGUGUGCCACGUGCCGGGCUGCGGCAAGGUGUACGGCAAGACGUCGCACCUGAAGGCGCACCUGCGCUGGCACACGGGCGAGCGGCCUUUCGUGUGCAACUGGCUCUUCUGCGGCAAGAGCUUCACGCGCUCGGACGAGCUGCAGCGGCACCUGCGGACUCACACGGGCGAGAAGCGCUUCGCCUGCCCCGAGUGCGGCAAGCGCUUCAUGCGCAGCGACCACUUGGCCAAGCACGUCAAGACGCACCAAAAUAAGAAGCUCAAGGUAGCCGAGGCCGGGGUGAAGCGGGAGAACCCGCGGGACCUGUGAGCCCACCCUGGGAGCACCCCGGAAGGCCGCUCCCGUCUCGGGACCCCUUCCUGGUACUUUUGCGGGGGGUCCCGGGGGCCCUGGACGCAGCUGUCCCCGGGGGAGACUCAGCAGACCACUUUCCGCCGCCCGCCUCCCAAAGAGGAGCCAGGCUGUGGGCUUGCUCGGCGCUCGGACACAGGGACCCGGUGCCCAGGAGGCGCGGAGGAGGUAGAGUAGGGACCCGAAGGCGCUUGGGUCAGGUUUGGGAACCCUGCAUCACAAUCACACCAGAGCAGCUUCAAACUCUGACCCAAUCUCGCCGUCUGGGGGACCUGCAGUUUGGGGGCGCCCACCCUGGGCUGACCUUGUAUAUAGGAAACGCUGCUGGAUUAAAACGCAGGGACCUGGGGAGAUUUCAGACAGUUCUCGGGUUUUCGCUAGGACCGGCUCGGGCUUUGUACAGGUUAUUUAAUAGCUUUGUUAAAGAAUAUAAUAAUUAUAACGUUAAUAAAACAAAAAAGUUCCUUUUGUCCUCGGCUCCUCGCAGAGCUACAGCAUGAUAUGUCUCUGUAAAGCGAUCGGCAGUUGCAGCGUGAAAAUAAAUUACGUUCACUCCGGGGUCACCUCGGGAAGACCCCGCUGA